GGCGGUUAUGUCAAAAUUGAUUUUUGAGACGGGGGUGUUUUAGUUCAAAAUAAUAAAGAAAAAAUGAAUAGAUAAAACGCCAAUGUUUUAUGGCAUUAACAGGCCUAUAAAGGCAACUUAAGUUAGAGCUGCGAUAUCAAAAAGAAUCAUAAAAUAUGGCUAUGGUCAAGGCUUUUCGUGUUUUUGAAAAAUCAUUACCACCCAGUCCACAUAGUGUAUUAUUGGAGCACAAAGCUAAAGAAAACACUUUGCUAUUUGAGUCUGAGGCAGUGGCAGUACUUUCUGCCCAGGAGACAGACGCAGUUAAAAAGCAAUAUACUAAAAUUCUUGAUGCAUAUGGUAGCUUGGGAGUUCUGCAAUUAUAUUCUGGAGAGUCAACAUUGCUGUACCUUGUUAUGGUAACUGGUUGUUUCUCAAUAGGAAAGAUCGGUGAUACUGAAAUAUUUCGAAUCACACAGACACAAUUUAUCUCACUACAUCAUCCACAAAAUGAAGACAAAGUAGCUGAAGUGAGAAAACUAUUAAAUUCUGGCACAUUUUACUUUUCUUGGUAUUCAGGGCCUCCAGGAGGUUCUGCCUUAGAUCUGACUUUGUGUGCUCAAAGAAGAACAAAAACAACAACAACAGAUCAUAGAUUUUUUUGGAAUCGAUUGCUACAUGUGCAUUUAGUAAGAUUUGGGGUUGACUGUAAUUCUUGGUUGUUAAGGGCAAUGUGUGGUUCUGUCGAUUUACGUACUGUCUAUGUUGGUUCUAAAAAAGCUUUAGCAUCAGUUAUAUCAAGACUCAGUUGUGAAAGGGCAGGCACAAGAUUUAAUGUUAGAGGGACAAAUGAUGAAGGCCAUGUAGCAAAUUUUGUUGAAACAGAACAAGUAAUAUAUUUAGACAAUGAAAUAUCAUCUUAUGUACAAAAUAGGGGCUCUGUACCUUUAUUUUUUGAGCAGCCUGGUGUUCAGGUUGGUUCUCAUAAAAUUCGCAUAUCUAGAGGGUAUGAAGCAUCAAAAGCUGCUUUUGAUAGACACAUGCAGAUGAUUAAAGAAAGAUAUGGCAAACAGGUUAUUGUAAAUUUAUUAGGGACUAGCCUCAUUGGCAGCAAAGAGGGUGAAGCUACCCUAAGUCAAGAAUUUCAAAGACAUCAUAAAGAGUCCAAUCAUUCAGAUGUUCCUCAUGUGGUGUUUGAUUACCAUCAAGAAAUUAGAGGAGGAAAUCAAACAAGUUUACAAAAAUUAAAAGCUAAAGUUGAGCAACAGUUACAAGAGUUUUCCUAUUAUCAUGCUGAUGGCAAUAAUAUUUAUAGUUUGCAAACUGGAACCAUCCGCACUAAUUGUUUAGAUUGUUUGGAUCGAACAAAUUGUGUACAAACCUUUUUUGGCUUGGAGAUUUUAGCUAAACAGCUGGUAGCUAUGAAAAUGAUGGACAAGAAAAAUACUAUAUCCAGGUUUGAAGAAGUUUUUAAGCAAAUGUGGAUAAACAAUGGAAAUGAAAUUAGUAAAAUAUACGCUGGAACCGGUGCUAUACAAGGCGGAUCUAAAAUAAUGGAUGGAGCUAGGUCUGCUGCUAGAACAAUUCAAAAUAACCUCCUAGAUAAUUCCAAACAGGAGGCUAUCGACAUUUUAUUGUUGGGAUCAACACUUUCUACAGAACUAGCUGAUAGAGCUAGAAAUUUGUUACCAUAUAAUACUUUACAUGCUCCGCCACGUGUUUUAAGAGAAGUGUGCAAUAGAUUUGCAGAAUACACUGAGGCAUUACCAAUUAGAGUGGCUGUUGGUACUUAUAAUGUAAAUGGAGGCAAGCAUUUUCGCAGUUUAGUAUUUAAAGACAUUAAAUUAUCAGACUGGUUACUGGACAACCACAAAAACAAUGAAAGCCUUGUGGACACAAGCCACUCGGAUAUAAACAGAAUGACUCCUGUUGAUAUUUAUGCGAUAGGGUUUGAAGAAAUAGUUGAUUUAAACGCAGCGAACAUCAUGAAUUCAAGUACUGAAAAUGCCAAAGCCUGGGCCAUAGAGCUGCAAAAAGUUCUCUCAAGGGACUGUCCCUACGCCCUGGUUACAUACCAGCAGUUGGUUGGCGUUUGCCUGUAUGUAUUUGUAAGGCCAGAACAUGUGCCCUAUAUCAAAGAUGUUGCUGUAGAUUCUGUAAAAACUGGUUUAGGUGGUCACACAGGCAAUAAAGGUGCUGCUGCAGUGAGACUAGUGUUUCAUGCAACUUCUCUUUGCUUUGUUUGUGCACAUUUUGCAGCUGGACAGUCCCAAGUGAACGAAAGAAAUGCGGAUUACAAUGAAAUCACUCGAAAAAUUACAUUUCCCAUGAGCCGUUCUUUAAAUGCACAUGAGUAUCUAUUUUGGUGUGGAGAUUUUAACUACAGGGUUGACAUGGAUAAAGAUGAAAUAAAGGAAUAUGUCAAACAGGGCAAUUUUCCCCCUAUUCUCGCUAAUGACCAGCUGAAGAAACAACAAGAGGAGGGAAAUGUGUUCAAAAACUUCAUAGAGGGUGAAAUAACGUUUCCUCCUACCUACAAGUACGACCUAUUUAGUGAUGACUAUGACACCAGCGAAAAAUGUAGAGCGCCAGCUUGGACUGACAGAGUUUUAUGGAAAAGAAGGAAACAGCCUCCUGAGAUGAAUGGGUUCGCUGAUAACUGGUCCCCAGGGCGCUUAGUUCAUUAUGGCAGGGCCGAGUUAAAACAGAGUGAUCACAGACCUGUGAUUGCCAUUGUUGACAUUGAAUGCAGGACCUUGAACGUAGAUAAACGUCAUAAAGUUUUCUAUGAGGUUAUUAAGGAUUUGGGACCUCCUGAUGCCACUAUCAUAGUACAUUGUGAGGAUGAAAGAGAUCAAGAAGAAGGAACUGUGUUCGAUGAUAAUAUGGUCAUGAUACUUUUAGAAGAAUUUACACAAUUUGGAGACACAAUUUUGGUUAGAUUUGUUGCUGACACUAUGUGGAUUACUUUUAGAGAUGGAGAAACUGUUUUGGAGGCUAUGAAGAAAACUAAUGGAUCUUUAAUGAUUCAAGACUAUGAAUUUACAUUGUCUUUGAAAACUCCUGAUUGGGUUGAACAAGCCAAACAGGAGAUUGGACUCUGCUCAAGCAACACCAUUCCCCUAUAUUCCGUACCCAGUCAAUCUGACUAUAAUUGUCUGGGAAUUCCUGAAGUCCUAAAAUCGGUGCCCCCAAGACCAUCGCCUCCCAGUCGGCCUCCACCCCCCUCUGUGAAAACCACCCCCACACCAUCACCCGUUAAAAAAACAGCUGCCAGGGCUGGUGUUAUAAGCGUUAUACCAGUAAAACCAGCUUCACCUGUAUCGCCAAUGGCCGCUACACCUUCGGGCCCUCCUAAUAUGCCACCCCCGGAAUUGCCUUCGAUGCCAUCCCAGGAUCAGGACGGAGGAAUUUACGAAGAAAUCAACGACGACAUUAUAUCCAUUCCAGAACCACAAGGUCCGCCGCCGCCCCCGCCUAGGCCGGAGCCUGUGCCGCCCGCUGCUACCUCUAGGCCGCCCCCCGUGCCUGCUAGAUCGGCGCCGCCUCCGCCUUUGCCCGCCAGGCCCCGCCAAUAGUUCUUCGCCCGGGAUGUUAAUCAAUCCUAUCACAUUUAUUUGAAGAAGUUUCUUUAUAGGACAUUCCUAAUCAUUUUAGCUAGCGUUUUUCUUUACGAGAUAUGGAGACAAACGAUCGUAAUGAGCGUAAAAGGUCCCACAAAACCCUGGUACGCCAAAAAAUGAUUUCUCCAUUGUUAUUAGAUCUUUUUCUUGCCUUUCUAUCUGUGAAUAUUCUUUGGCUGUUAACUUACUUUUUAAAUAGAUAUUUAAGUGAUACAUAAGAAUCUUUUUUUUAGAACUCGGUCCUAUAAUAAAAUAUGUCGAAAUAUAAGUCAGCAUAUUUUGGGGUAGGCGUUGUGUCAUGAUAUUUAUGAAAAUCAUUGUAGUAUAAAUAAAAUACCGAUUUGAUAGUGUGUAUGAUCUUAUUUAUUGUUAGAAUGUUAUUUAAUUGGAAAAGCGGUAUAUAAAAAUGCUAACGGCACAACGCAAUAAUGUCUUGAACGACUUAAAUACAAUAAUUAGAAAAUUACAUCAAGCCAAUUUAAAAAUUAUUGAAGUACGAUUAUAGAUUGUUUUAGUAAAAUAAAAAUUAUGAAUUUCUAAGAGUAUAUUUACUAUGUAGAAAGAUUUAAAAAAAGAACAAAAAAUAUAUAUUUUUUCUUUUUUUUUGUUACAUUUUAAAUGAAUUUUAUAAAUUUUCCUAUUUUGUUCAACAUGCCUUAGUUCCUUUGUUAUUUAUAAAUAUUGAUGAAUUAGAAGACGGAAAGAAUUAAUAAAAUGCUUACAGUCUAACAUUAGAAAAAUCUAUUAAAGUUAUGUUUGCUGGAAAAAAGUUAUUUAUGUAUUGUGUUAUGACAAGUUAUAUGAAGCAUAUCUAGGAGUAAAAUAUAUUACCUAUCAUCAU